AUGAGCUCGUCACGAAUCGAUUCGGAGAAGCCGGCCAUGGUGUCGGAUUCGUCAAACCCCGAUUCACUGUUUUCUACUAAGACUCCUGACAAGACGGUGUCUCUUCCUACCAGAUCUCUUAACAGCGACGUCUCUGUCUUAUUCCCAAAGAUUAAGCCCCAACCCUCUGGACCCGUUAAGAGACGGAUCUUCUCUCCGCCGCGAAAACCUGUAAAAGUUGUGAAAUUACCCGAAAGGUUUGUGAUUCUGGAGGAAUUUUUCAAUGGGUUAGACACUUCGAUUAGGUUGCUUAAAUUAAAGGGCUCUUUGACUACAUUCGCCAAUAUCUGUCCCAAGAUCGAGUAUCUCACUAAUCGGGUAUUCUCGUAUGGUGAUUUGGCUCAGAUGAAGCAUAUUUAUCCAGAAGCCAUUGAAGUAAAGAGAGUGUUGAAGUAUGAUGAAGGCACUAGUUGUAUGAGACCUAGUCUUCACAUUAACUUAAAUACCGACGCAAUUGUACUUGACGGUACAAGUUGCGGAACGAAAUACAUGGAGCUUAGGAAAGUGUUCCACUCAAAGCUUGUAGAUUUUCACAAUGCUCAUCCUAAGGAUGAGAUUCCGAAAGAACUUCUUCCUGAACCUUUCAAUUCCCCUGAACCGGAUAGUUAUUCAGACAUAGUAAGUGUAGACUUGGGAGCAUCAAAACUUGAAGUUGAAGGGUUUGAUGUUCAUAUGGAGGAGAUAGAGCAAGAACAACAAAUAGCCAACAAAGUAAUUUCAGAUUCGACUUUUUCGGCUGGUACUGAGGAAUGCUUAUCAUCAUCACAUACGGAGUCAAGAAUAGUUGGAGCACCCAAACUUGAAGUUGAAGAGUUUGAUGUUCGUAUGGAGGAGAUGGAGCAAGAACAAUGUAUAAGCGACAAAGUGAUUCCAGAUUCGACUUUAUCAGCUGGUACUGAGGAAUGCUUAUUAUCACACUCAGAGUCAAGAAUAGUUGGAACGCCAGUCAAAGCUUUAUCCACUCCCUCCAAGGACCUAUCAACACCAAUCCGGCUCAUGAGUGCUACACCGACAUUGCAGCCAUCUAGAAGAUGUAUUACGAUGACUCCAGAUGAUGAUAAUGACUCUGUUAGAUCAACACAUGGUAUAGAAAAGCGUCCAUCUCGCACGAGGCGUGUGAUUUUCAACACUGGUGAAGCUGAAGUUGUGAAAGAUGACAUCAGUAACAAAACUAAAGGUAGCAACUAUGAAGCUGAUGAUGUUUCUGGUGAAGAUAGUCUUCUGCACUCGAUGAAAGAGAAACCAAAGGCUGGACCAGAGAAGCAAAAUUUACCUAAGCUUGUUGAUUUGAUUCAUAAGUUGUUUCACUCAACAAAGCGAACAGUCAUCACAAAGGAGGAGCUUCUUCACAAGCUUAUUGCAUGCCAAAUCGAUAUAACCGAUAGAAAGGAAGUGGAGGAACAAGUAAGGUUGAUGUUGCAAUUGGUUCCGGAUUGGAUCUCCGAAACAAAAGCGUCUUCUGGUGAUUUUCUUGUCCGCAUCAAUAAAAUGUCGACUGCUGAAACGGUACGAGCAAGACUUGAGGAAGCAACAACUACCUCACAGGGCAUUUUCUCCGUCUACUGA